CUUUCUUUAGCUGUCUUGGCUAAAGGAGGCGGCGGUGGAGGUCGAGGAGGUGGAGGAGGAGGUGGAGGAGGCGGUGGUGGUGGAAGUGUUGGUGGAGGUGGAGCUAGAACAGGUGGAGGUACGGGUGGAACAGGCGGAUUUGGAGGAAGUGCUGGUAAUGUCGUCUAUUGAUACAUAUUGAAUAAAUAUUUAUAAAUAUGUCAUGAUAUAUAGGUACUCCAAAUAGUGUCUCUAACAGAGGAGGUUCAGGUUCCUUUAACUCUCCUCCUCCAUACAGUUAUACAGAUAAGCGAAGUAAGAUUGAAAAUUUGCCAUGGUAGUAUGAAGCGCAUUAUAACUUUACUUUUUUCUAGCAACCUAUACAAACUAUCCUCCAGCCUACACAAGCGGAUACUCACCAGUCUCCAGAUACGGUUAUUAUGGCUUCUACAAUCCAGGAUUACUUUAUUUUGCUAUAAUGCCACCUUUCCUUUUCAUGGGAUAUCAUGCGGCAUAUCACCGAUACAACCAACAAAACGGCUACUACUAUGCACCACAAUUGACAGAGCAAGGCAGUAACACACCUAACGUCGUUAUCAACGGAACAGCAUUCACCGGCAAAAACGACGAAAAUUAUCACAUCUCAUUCAACAUUAGUACCAACAAUCAAUUCCCCAUGGUUGACCAUGCCUUCUUUGCCACUUCAGACACCAGUGCUCCUACAGCUGAUUUCACCUAUCGAUUGCAGUUCUCUCAUGUUAUCGAAUUUGACGACCUUAACCAGAAUGGAUUCUAUGACAGCAAUGAGCCUAUUUUAUCCAGUAGUUCUCUUCAAAACCUGCAAUGGCAGUCAUUGAUGGUAUCCAACAUUACUGUACCCACUAACUCGAGUCAAUUCUAUUUGCAAACAACCACAUUAGCUAACGCCACCUAUAACAACAACAAUGGAACUCAAUUUUCUGUAAAGAUCACUUGGAGAGCAAGCAACCUGCAGCUGAACAAUACAGCACCCAUUGUGAUGCAACCCAAUUCGCUGGAAUAUGAUUUUGCCCUGAAUGGAUUCCCUGCCAAUCGCAGCAGCCCAACCGCACGUGUAGCCGUUGCACAGCUCCUGUCAACACACAUUGAUGUACCUGUUGUGUUUGAUGUCAACACAACUACGCCCGUCGAUGUCGCUCAACAGAUCAAAACAAACAUAACCUAUGGUAUAUCUAUCGGAAAUAACACCGAGGGUCGUCUUGAAUAUCAAAACACCGUUAAUUUAACAGAUGCCACAGGGCUCAUCAGCAGCCUCAAUGCUCAAAACUUGGCAGGCACUCCACAGUACCAAACGAACGAUUGGAUCUGGGGCCCCAAUUCGCCUGCUUCCAAUCGAACCAACAAGUUGGUUUUGGUCACUGUACCCACCGUCAAUAUGAGUUUCUCUGGCUUUGGUUUCUUGGAUACAGAUGUCAUGAACGCAUUAGCCAGUAGAGCUGAUGCUGUCAAGCCUGUGGUUAGUUUAGCAUUUGUGUCUGUCUUGGCCACCAUCUUGUUUAUAUACUAGAGUUUUUCUUUUCAUUUGUGUGUAUAUAAAAUAUAUAUAUAUGUUUACUGGUGA